AUGUUUUGCUUGUGCGGCGUAACCAAACCCAUUGUGGGAAGUGCCAACAUUCCCCAAAACAGCGAUUCGGAGCAAACUAUACCUCCGCUUCCAGUUCCAAAGCCGCCAAUAAAGCGUUUUCCCAGCAGAAAUAGGGUUCGGAAUGGGCCUCCAAAACCCUCCGUUAUGCAAAUGCAACGCAUUCUUGGCGCUGGAAGCUUCAGAGACACCGAACCCGCUCCUCUACCAGGGUCGGACAUGAGAAAGACGGUCAUGGACUUGUUCUUGGGACAAGCUAUUGAAGGGAGGGUGCAGAAGAAGAUCAGGGAAACAGGAGAGUGGCUCGAUGCUAAUGCCGAGUCCAAAAUUACUUCUUCCAGAAAAACAAUAUUGUUGAUUAUGGUUCAAUGGAUGCUACCAAUUUGGACAAUAUUACUCCUGAUAGCAUCUGGAGCCAUCAAAUUGCCAUUCAGCAACCCUUUUCUUGAUGAUUUGCUCAUGUGA